UCACUGCGCUGCCACCGAGUGUGUGUCCGGUGUGAGGCGUGACGGAGAAGUCCGUCAUCGCUGGACCGCAGAAAUGACCAAAAACACUCCGUCACACUUCGAGAACAUCAGACGUCGAGACAGCGACGUGUAGUCGACGGUAUAGGCCAGAUUGUGCUUACUUCUUAUUGCUGUUAUCUCAGUCUGUUAGUAUGUUUUCGCUCGGGGGAAUGGCUCAGGCGUAGCGACCUGCCCUCAACAGCCCGUGUUUGACUGCGUCAGUGACUGCGAUGCGUUUCAACGAGAAGGAGCUGGUCUCCCUGAGCCGCCAGCCCUCAGAGAAGGCGGCUGAGCUCGGGAUGCGAGGACCCAAGAAAGGAGACGUUGUAAAGAAGAGGCUGGUGAAACUCGUCGUCAACUUCCUGUUUUAUUUCCGGACUGAUGAGGAGGAGCCGAUUGGAGCUUUGCUGCUGGAGCAGUGUCGGGUGGAGAAGGAGGACAGCCAGACCUUCUCUAUCGCAUUUCUGGAUGAAGCGGAGAGGAAGUAUUUGUUUGAGUGUGACUCUGAGGAGCAGUGUGGGGAGUGGAUAGAUGCCAUAAUCAAGGCCAGUUACGAGUUCAUGAGGAAGAACCUGAUAUUCUAUCGAACUGAAAUCCACAGGCUCACUGGCAAGGACCCCUUGGAGCAGUAUGGUAUAUCCGAUGAAACUCGCUUCCAGGUUAGCAAUGGCCUGCAACUAAUGCCCAGAGAUACCUCCUCCCUGUAGACCAGUGUCCUGUGUCCAGAUGUACUGUAUUUGCAUUGCAGUUCACCCUGCCAUUCCAACAUUCACUCCUCACUGGUUUGAAAUCUAUGGCAAUACCAUAAGCACACAAGCUUUUUAGAAUAUAUUAAAUGUAGCGCCAGGCUUCCAGAGAGGUUUUCAUGCAGAUGUUUUAACAAGUUAUCUGAAGCCAUGCAAAGUAAUAAGUCUGAUUAUUUCUAUAAUGUCAUUCUAAAUCAUUGCAGGUAACAUGGGACUUAAGAAAAUUCAGCACUGUCUUAUUAUCGGUUUAGGGGAUUUUAACAUGCCAUUUCCUGUAUCAUUUUCAGACUUUGUCUUGUUUAAUUGGUUGUCUGUAUAAAACAUGUUAUAUACUGUUUUCUACUGGACACACUGUACUUUUAGAUAAUGUGAUUUUAGAGCCUCUGAUUGUACUUUGUGCUGUAGAGCUGCGGCUGUGACUUUCAGGACUAUUAGUAUGAAUAUGACUUUGUGUAACAAGAAUCAAUCGAGGAUACAUGAACAUUUGGUGUUAACCAGUGUUUGAAGAAGCUUAUGAUAAGCUCGAUACCCAAUUCAGAAAAUCUUCACCUGUAUUUACUGCCCUGAUUUGAACAGCAUGAGCCCUUUGAUCUGCUGAGUUGAGCCACCCGUUUUACUCCAUUUUUGCAUAUGUGACAGUAAAGAUGUAUUCAUUAUCCAGCCCAUUUAGACUAUUUAGUUUUAAAAACUAUACUUUUGCACAUUAUUGGGUGUUGAGGGUUUUUUAUAUAUAUAUUAGAUUUUCAUAAUUUACUUGAACCUACUGUACCUUUUCUGUGGCACUUUGAAUGAGAUUUUUGUUGGUAAGCUGUUGGACCAUGUUAGGAUACCAGGCUCUUGACAUUUUUUUUUUUUUUCACUUUUUGAAAUAGCUCACCAACUUCUAAUGGUGAGGUGAAAUUUUGCUCUCAACAACAUCUCACUACGUGGCAUCGCUGGGUCCUGCAAAUUGAGAAAAUGUUCAUUUCAGCAGUCAGUAGUCGAUACCCACAAACAGGACAUGUCAUUGAAUGUGUCUUCAUUUUGAACUUUUGCACAAGGAAUGUGUUUGGUCUGUUUUUACUUCAUGAUAGAUUAUAUUUGUUUCACUGGCAUCUCUCCCUUUUUUUUUUCUUUUUUCUUUCUUUUUUUUUUUUUUUUUUUUACUAAUAAAGCCAUUUGAGAGAUACUGUAAAUUCAUGGUGUGCCAUCUGUUAACUAGAAUGAAAUUUGUUUGCACCAAAAUGUUGUUUUAUUAUGUGUAUUUAAUCAUGGUCAGGCCAGUAAUACUUUUCAAUGGCUGGCAAUCAUGCUGCCUCUUGUGUCUGUCGCUUAGAUUGAAUAUUACAGUCACUGUCAACAAUAUCUCUGCUGUGUCUAGUCCAUUUUGAAAAUUGUGCACAUCUAGUAAGAAUAUUUCAAUUUAUUAUUAAUUUGCGCACACAUUUUACAGCACACACUGAAACUGAACACAAUUAUACAUAUAGGUCAAUUCCAGACCAUAAUUGCAAAUUGCUAUCCACCCUUUAACUGUUUAAACAUUCUUUUUUGUUUGUUUGUUUGUUUGUUUGUUUGUUAAUUAAUUUAGUCUUUAAUUACUCUGUUUUAAAUGUGAUAUUUUAAAUGGGAGCACUCAUUCAGUGAUUCAUUGAGAUUUAAAUAAAGG